UAAUUUAUUUUUUUGAUGCGACAAGUCCAGAGCUGUUGGGAUAAUAUAACAGUGUUUGAAAAUAGGACUGGAUAGCAAGCGUGAAAGCAUCUGCUGCCUUCAAAUUGUUUACAGGAUUCUUUCAAAAGAUGCCUCCUCUUCUCCAACUCUUUCUUCUCUCCAUCUUUCCUGUGCUUCCUUGUUCCGCACCAGCACCGUUUUCCGCACAACAGCAGCAGCAGCCCGUCCCCGACCCCUGCUAUGAUGAGAAUGGCCUACCCCGGCGCUGUGUGCCCGAGUUCGUCAAUGCAGCUUUUGGAAAAGAGGUCCAGGCAUCAAGCACCUGUGGACGUUCCGCCACUCGCCAAUGUGAUGCUUCCGACCCAAAACGAGCUCAUCCAGCCUCUUACUUGACAGAUCUCAACACAGCCGGUAAUAUGACCUGUUGGCGAUCGGAAAGUUUUGCCCGUCACUCUCCCCAAAAUGUCAGCCUUACUCUUUCACUUGGGAAGAAAUUUGAAGUGACCUAUGUCAGCCUCCAAUUCUGUUCUCCCAGGCCAGAGUCUGUGGCCAUAUUCAAGUCCAUGGAUUAUGGCAAGAACUGGGUCCCCUACCAGUACUAUUCAUCCCAGUGCCGUCGAUUGUACGGUAAACCGAGCCGUACAAGUGUUACUAAGCAGAAUGAACAGGAGGCAAUGUGCACGGAUGGACAAACAGACCUUUACCCACUCACGGGUGGACUUAUAGCUUUCAGCACCCUAGAUGGGCGACCUUCUGCUGCAGAUUUUGACAACAGUCCUGUGCUACAGGACUGGGUAACUGCAACAGACAUCCGUGUGGUCUUCAGUCGCCUCAAUCUGCAGGGAAACAGGGACUCUGAGAUGACGGAGGAUGGCCCAGCCUACUCUUACUCUGUGGGAGAAUUCCAGGUGGGCGGCAGGUGCAAGUGCAAUGGUCACGGGUCUCGUUGCAUCAAAGACAAAGAGGGGCGGCUGAUGUGUGACUGCAAGCACAAUACUGAAGGUCCAGAGUGUGAUCGCUGCAAACCCUUUCAUUAUGACCGACCAUGGCAGAGAGCCAAUGCCCGGGAAGCCAAUGAGUGCAUGGCUUGUAUGUGUAACUUGCACGCCCGCCGCUGCCGCUUCAACAUGGAGCUGUACAAGUUGUCAGGAAGAAAGAGUGGUGGGGUGUGCCUGAAUUGCAGGCACAAUACAGCCGGAAGACACUGCCACUACUGCAAGGAGGGAUACUACAGGGACGUCAGCCGCGCCAUCAGUGACCGCAGAGCGUGCAAAGCUUGUGACUGCCAUCCGGUGGGAGCUGCUGGUAAAACCUGCAAUCAGACCACGGGGCAGUGCCCUUGUAAGGAUGGUGUGACUGGGCUAACUUGUAACCGAUGUGCCAAGGGUUAUCAGCAAAGUCGCUCGCCCAUCGCACCCUGUAUCAAAAUCCCAGUCGUGGUCCCGACUCCAGUCUUCACCAGCACAGAAGAGCCAGCGUAUUGUGAGCAGUACUGCAAGCCUCCCAAAGGAAAUUACAAGAUCAACUUGAAAAAAUACUGCAAGAAAGACUUUGUGGUUCAAGUAAAUGUAUUGGAGAUGGAGAUGGUCGGUUCCUGGGCAAAGUUCACUGUGAAUGUGCAUUCUGUUUACAAGUGUCGAGAUGAUCGAGUGAAACGUGGUGAGAACCUUUUGUGGAUUCACAUUAAAGACCUAUCUUGCAAGUGCCCCAAGAUACAGUUGAGCCGUCGAUAUCUGGUGAUGGGUACCAGUGAGGGGCCUGGAGAGAGACCAGGUUUAACUGCGGAUAAGAAUAGCAUGGUCAUCCAGUGGAGGGAUGCAUGGACCAGGCGUCUGCGGAAACUGCAACGCAAAGAGAAGAAAGGAAAGUGCCUGAAACCAUGAAGAGCAGUAGGGAAAGAUGAUUUGGGGACUCUGUAUAUACAUAUAUGACCUCUGAAGCUUGAGACUAUUGACAUUGCAGUACAUUCUUAUGUUGGAGUUUUCAUCACGCAAAGACCAAGGGUGAAAACAAGGCAAGACCCACAUUUGUGGAAGGAGAUUUCUCAAGUAAGGUCUUCGUUGAGGCUCUCCCAGUUAAGCUAGUCUCAUUUAAUUAAUAAUAAUUUCUGCCUACAGUAGCUCUCUAAUUCCCCCUCUUUCAUUCACUGGGAGAACAUCUAAUCCAUUAUACACAUGAGAACUAAUUGUAACAAAUCAUAGAUACCGAUUCUGGUGUUGUAGCUCCUAUUUCUGGACUUAGAACAGUGUUCAUGUAAUGUAAAAAGCUCUCAAGAACUUGUGGAUUGUUGAGAAACAUGACCUGGUGUCACCAUGCCAAAGUAUUGUGAUAUUACACAAUACAAUCACACUUCACUGGGCAGAACUUUUUUUUAUCGAAUAUGUCUAAAAAAAUUGAGAAGUGGGAGAAAAUCAUAAUCGGAAAUCCAAGACUUCAGACUCAUUUUGUAAAAUGUAAGACACUUUAUGAAGCAGGAAACUGGUAAAGAGAAUUUACAACAGAAAAUAGAGGUAAACGUUGUCGCUCAAAAAGGGGACACUUAACGGAGAUCCCAAAAAGGGUUAACCCAAUUUAUAUCAAUAGGAAUUAAACAAUUCCAUUUUAUGAACCAGACCACCUUUAUGCUUCCAUAGAGGUCUAUCUAAGCUAACCUGGUGUUGUUUAACAGAAAGGCAAAGCUUAAUAAAUAUUAUACAGUCUUGCAUUUGUGACUGCCAGUAGCUAGCUUUGCCGGAUGUCUGUUAAUAAAGCAUUUCUCCCGCAGUUUUUUGGUGGGGUAAAAUGCAAACAAUAUCCAGGUUCUGAAAUGUUUGCUGAUAUAGAUGGAGUGUGUCACACUAUAUAGACCAUACUUCUAAUAAUGGACCCUUGCUUUUGAUGGGGGCACUUUCCUUUUAAAUGGCCCUUGGCUUCUGUUCUUCCAUUUUGAUCUCUUUUGACAGAUAUUUAAUUUGAAUUUAUCUAUGACACGGCUUUACAAACUGUCCUGUCUGACUGUAUGGUAUGCACAAUCCGUGACUUUGUAUCGAGCUACGAAGACCUGCAGAGCACUGUACAGAUAUCCAGUCUCUGCCAAAGAACAGACUGAGCAUAUUCACACAGUGUUUAAUUAUGUGGCCAAGUGUCCUACAGAACAAAGGAUCAUCGGAUGCAGAUGCCAUAUGUGUCAACAAAAUGUAUUGUUUGUAAAACAAUGUAAAAUUAGUUAUGUUCUCUCUUUUUUUUAUGUGCCGAACUAUCCCAUAGUGCAAGUGGAUGGGGCAACAAAUAAUAUGUGUUUGAUAGUGAUACACGUGUAAUUGUAACGACCGUCUGUACAUAACCCUACUGUAUGUUCACUGUGUAAUAUAUGUAUACAGAUAUUGUCUACCUUCGUCUACCAUGAUCCUACUGUUAAUCAUUCUGGUUGACUCUGUACUUCUGCAUUCAUCAGACCAAUAUAAUACUACAUUUAUCUAAGGGGACUAGGAGUAGGUCAACUAAUCAAAGUUGUACAAACAGACUUAUCCAUCGAUUAUUCCAGGCUACAGUGCUCUCUGGGCUUGGCAUGCUUAAGAGGUUGAAGGGAUAAUAAUAUAAUAAUCUUCACUUAAAUGUGUCUAUAAAUCUCAUGCACUCUAACAUAAAUUGGCCAUUAUUAAAUCACCAGCUUAUAACCCAUGAUGUCAUUAAUAGUUUGGAUUACUUUAGGAAUAUUACAGUAAACCCAAUUUAGGUACAAAAUAAGAACUAAAUUACUUAUUGGCCUUACAAAAUGAGAACAACAACGAUGAACACGGACGGUUUAAAAAGUAUUCCAAGUCACUAUUCAUAUGGGGGAGAAUGUAUUAAACAUUCCGAUUCCCAUAUUAUUAAUUUCAAAAGACCUUUUUAAAAAGACAAAUUUAAAGGACAGUUAUCCGAUGGUUUUAAUGAUAAUCAUGAUGCCCUAAAUGAGGCAGUCUCUGUAUAGUGAAUGUUAAAGCACACACAGUAUGUUAUAUGUCCCACGGCAUAGAAUGUUUAGGUGUCCUGCAGCUGUGUGCUUUAACAUUGUAAGCAGGAUAGCCAUGAUACCACGAAACUUGCCCAACCCUUCGCCAGAAAUGAGUUCAAAUCCAACAAAUGUUGGGAUAUUCACUAACGUGAAAAUUGCCAGGAAUUCAAAGAGAAUUUCAAACUUAAGGUCAAAAUAGCUGAACUGGAAACAGAAUUUGCUUGGAGAAUGCCUUUAAUUAAGCUGUUUUGGCCUAAAAUUUGAAGUUCGUUUUAAAUUCCCAGCAGUUCUCUGUAGUACUGCUGUCCACUCUCCCUUUGCCCCCUGUACUCCUGCUGUCCACUCUCCCUUGCUGUUUGCCCCCUGUACUUCUACUGUCCACUCUCCCUUGCUCUUUGCCCCCUGUAGUCCUGCUGUCCACACCCCUUCGUUGUUUACCCCUGUACUCCUGCUGUCCACUCUCUCUUUGCCCCUGUACUCCUGCUGUCCACUC